AUGAGAGAAAUAAAUUUGGGUCAAGAUGAACCGGAAUUACAGGAUUCUACGGUUUCGUCAUUAAGAUUAGAAUUAUUACCAGCUGAAAUUUUGAUCAAUAUAUUCAGUAAUUUGAACGAACAAGAUCUAAAUACGUUAAAAACUGUAUCGAAUCACUUCAAUAGUUUAAUCACAGAUGAAGAAUUGUGGAAAAAUUUACUAAUUUCAAAGAUAAAUUCUACGAAUUUCCCAUCAUUUGCAAAUUCUAAAAAAUACAGCAUCGAAUACAUGGAACGUUAUAAAGGUUUAAAUCAAUGGAAGCAUAAUAGAGCAGUUAAAACUAAAUAUGUGAUAUCUCCAACGCGACCCUACGUUCCUCAACAAAGUCGUAUAGAAAAGUUAAUAUUCGAAUAUCCACGUUGUGCCUGUUAUAAUGAUGGUGUAAUAACUCUUGUACAUUUACAAUCAAGAAGAUCAAAACAAAGACUGACCUAUAUUCCAUGUACCACUCCUCAAGGAUGUUCUACGAUGCAUUUCAAUAUUAACGCCGCAGUUUUUGGAAGAUUUGAUGGUAGAGUAUUUGGGAAGUUAUUAAGUAAUAAGUCAUAUUUGACUCCCGUGAUGGAAUUCAAUUCGCGACAUUCUUCGUGUGUCACGGCAAUAACAACUUCAAAUUUAAAUGAUUCAAACAACUACGAUUGGUGUGUUAGUGGCUCAGAAAACGGUGAAGUGUUCUGGUGGUGUGAGACAAAAUUAAUAAAGUCAACGAAGGUCUCAGAUACCCCUAUCCUAAAGAUAUUCUUCAAUAAAGACUACACAAUUGUCGUUAAUCAUGAAGAUUGUUUUGUCUUUCAUAGUAUGGAGUUGGUAAAUACCAUCAAAUUACCUCAAGAAUUGAUUAACGAACGAAUGCACUUUGCUGAGAUAGAUUUCGGCAUCAAGAACGUCAUCUUGGCAAGUUUAAACAAUUUAUUUAUGAUAUCAUUCAAUUCAAAUGAUAAUAGUUUUGGGUAUAUUAAGAAGUUAAAUGUCUCAAAUACUUACGGGUCUUCCAUUUCCAAGAUUUCAAUCGAUGAAUCAACGGCAUUAAGGGAGCAAGAUAUGAGUCUUGCUGGAGGCGACGGAUGUUAUAUGGCUGUUUUACUAUCAAACAAUCAAUUAUUAAUAAUAAAUACAAGACUCCAUUUUGGUAGUUCCUUGAAGGUCCAAAAAUUGCUUGAUUUUGAAAGUGAUCAUAUCUUUACAUUUGAACUAACAAACUUAGUUUUAGUAGUGGCUUUAAGCUCAUGUCUGAGGAUUAUUGACCCAACUGAUGGUGAACUGAUCAAAAUAGUUCAAAAAACUGAUAAGUACCCCGAGUUUCUUGAAAUUUCACAAGGGAAGAUGAUUAUUGGUAGUGGUAAUAGUCUGCAUUAUUUGACUUACAUAAAUGACAAUGAUGACGGUAAAAGGAAGACACGUACAGGCACUGGGGGGAAGACCCGUAGUAACAAGUGGAAUGAAACGUUAAAUUCUCAGUUGGAGAUUUACGAUGAACAGGAAGAAUCUUUGGCACAACAAAGGAGACAAAAUGAAAGACUUUUACAAAUUUACGGCGGACAUACAACGAAUGACGAAGAUGUUGAUGAGGAACUCCAAUUAAGAAUUGCAUUAUUGGAAUCUCAGGAUAAUCAGGAUUCUACAGCAACGAGUACUCAAAAUAUUGGUACUGAGGAUGAUGACGAGGAAUUUCGGAGAAUUUUGGAGGAGUCUCAGAGACAGGCAGAAAUCGACCAACGAAGAACACCUGUAUCUCAUGAGGAUGAUGAUGAUGAAGAGUUGAGAAGAGCUUUGGAACAAUCAAGAUUGGAACAGCAAGAACCGGAGCAAAGAGCGACUACCGGACCAGAGACAAAUGGAAUCGGAAAUACAGUAAGCAAUAAUAACAAUAGUCAGAUGUCUAUGGAUGAAGAAUUGCAGUUGGCUAUUGCAUUAUCUUUAAGUGAACUGCAAUAA